CGCGGCCGGGCACCGCCGAGAGACCACUCGCAGUCUCCACGACGCGAUCCCCCCUAUUUCCACCCGGAAACCCGUACGUCCGCCCCCAAUUCCCAACCUUUCUCCGCCCCCGCCUCGGCACGCGGCCGCCGCCGGCGCACACUGCGCAGUCUCCCCAGGAAGAGGAGGAGCGAGCGAUGGAGGAGGACUCGCCGGUGACGAAGACGGUGAAGGGCGCGGUGACGGGGCUCGCCGCGGGGACCAUCUGGGGCACCGUCGUGGCCACCUGGUACGACGUGCCGAGGGUGGAGCGCCACGUCGCGCUCCCGGGCCUCAUCAGGACGCUCAAGAUGUGCGGCAACUACGGGGCCACCUUCGCCGCCAUCGGGGGGCUCUACAUCGGCGUCGAGCAGCUCGUGCAGAGCCAGCGCAAGAAGCGCGACUUCGUCAACGGGGCCGUCGGCGCGUUCGUCGCCGGCGCCACCGUCUGCGGCUACAGAGGAAGGAGCAUUCAGUCAGCCCUCAUCGGAGGCUCUUGCCUGGCGUUCACGUCUGCUGUACUGGACAUUGGCGGCAAUACAACCAGAGUGGACAAUGGCAAGGAGUACUAUGCGUACACAACCGAGAAGAAGCCCACUCACUGAUUGAAGCUGUGUACCUGUAGCACAAAUCUUGUAGACCAUCAGCUUGGUGAAUUUUGAAGCUGAUGUGCGGUUUUAUGUUUGUUUUGCUGAUGCACUUAGUUCAUUUGCAAAUCCAUGGCAACAUGUUUAUCUCAGAUGCUUGAGGGAGAGAUACGACACUGAAUAACUAUCAGAUCUGCUUUCUUGUGAUCAUCAAUCACAAUAAAAGCACAUGGCACACUGUACUGCCAUUUGAAUUGUCUAUUUACCCCUGGUGCAUAACAUGAAAUGAAGAAAUUUUUGCGUGA